CGACCCUGCCUCCCAAUCACAUCUCCUCCGCGCGCUGCCACCUCCUGCCCCGCCCCGCCUCACCGGGCGCCGCCGGCCACCACCGCCACUGAGCCGCCGUUCGUCGCCAGCACCCGCGGAUCUGGCCGCCCCUCAACUUCCCAUUCGGCUGCACCUCCCAGAGCCGCCGCCCGUGCGAAGCUCCACCGCUGGAGGAUCUCCUCCGCCUGGAUCCACAUCCCCAUGGCCGGAACGGGACUUCCUCGAGCCCCCCCGGAUGCAUGCUGCUGCUGGUGGAGUUGGAGCACGCCGGCGCUCCGGCCGCCCUCUUCCUCCCUGUUCCCUCCCAUCCCUCCUACUACAGCCAGGGCUGUAGCCGCCCUCUUCUCUCCCCGUACCCCUCUUCCUCCCUGUUCCUUCCCACCCCUUCUCCCGCAGGCUCCAGCUGUGGUGGUGGGGGUGAGCAGCUGCCGUCCGGUGGCCUGGGGAGUGAGGAGGGCGCCGUUCUAAAGCACGAGAGCUCGGCGCAUGGCGACAGUAUAGAUCGUCUACAGCGGCGGCGACGGCCCAACGGCGAAAGGGGAUGGCUGCAUGAUGAUCUUGUUCUGAUCAAUUCUGAAAUAGGAAUGGAGGACUACUAUGGGUCGCUGUUGAGGAUGCUGGGUUACCUGACAGUAGUUUACUUGCCAGAUUUUAGAUUGGAGCUUAGCAUGAACUGAAGAGAGGAUACUUCAACAUGUAUGUGCUGAAAGGCAAAUUAAUUUGGAAGUUUAUUGUAACUGGUACACAGUAUUGGCAUUAAAAGCGCGAGCGCCGUGAGGGAUGCCAAGCAAGUUCCUGCUAGGUAAAAAAAAGGUGUCAAAACUUUUGUUUCUUAAGUCACCUCAAAGAGAUGUGUGUUUUAUACUUCUUUUUGUAUAAGGAUGUGCUCAGCGACACAUCAAAUUCUUAACAUGAGCUUUAUCUAGAUGAUUUUGAUUUAUAAGUUGUUCAAAAAUAAUACUGACUGCAGUUGUCUUACUCCAGAUCGUGAAGAAAUACACUUUGUCUUAUGAGAUCAUCCUGAUUGUCAUCAAAAGCAAAGGUCCCUAAACAAGCAAAUUGCAUUUAUGUGCUCUGACAUCUUCGUGUUACUUUUAGUGGAAAGCAGUACAAAGUGUCAAUUUCACAUGCCAAUACUAAUUAUUCACCUAGCUUAUGCAAAUUAUCCAGCAUUUUCCAUUCAGAUAUGAUCUGCUGCAAACACCAUAAGUCACCACUCACCAGCACAUGACCGUUCCCUCUAGAACUUUGACCGUCGUGUCAUUUGAUGGAGAAAGAACAAGAUGGCCGAGCGACAAACUGAACAACGCCGGAAAGCUGCAACAAACGAGUGGUGGCAGCGCAUACACUUGUUGAGCUGUGGAGGCACCCAUUAGCCACCCACCCACCCAUGGAACAGAGAUUGAUAUAUUGAAGUUUGUAAUGGCUAAUGGCCAAACAUAUGAAUCUGUUCUUGAUACUCCUUUUCCCUUUUCUUAAUAUCAUCACAUAAAAUUUAGAAGCUUUCUAACAUAUGCAUAUUUCAGGUUUCAGAAGAGGUAGAGAAAGAGUUGUUCAGACAAUUCAGUGCAGAAGCAACACCUCCAAGGUGAGAAAUAUGUUUCUGUUUAGCCUUCUUUGCUAGCUGUGUUCCUCUGUUUUUUUUACUGAACUGUGCUCCUCUGUUUGGAUGAUUAUUGGAGAGAAAGAGAGAUGAUAUGGAGACCACGAGUAUGUGUGUAUGGAUCGGGGAGUGGUAGAUUUUGGGCCAAAUACAUUAUAACCGGCAACCAACUUGAUAAACAGAUUCAUUACCCUCUCCUUUGAAAUGAAUUUUUGCUUGGAACAUUUCUUAUUUCUUUAUCUGUUAGUGCUUGAUUCUAUCUCUGCUCUGUCUGAGGCCACCGGCGCCGAUGUGACCGAGGUGGAGGCGACCAGCAAGAGGGAGGCUAGCGCGACCAAUUUCCUCGAGCUGUUCAACUUAUUAGUCCUUGCAAUUCCAAAUUCACAUAGGUAUGUAGGCUGUAACGGCACCGCUGUAGCCAUCGCUGCCUUCUCCAAUCCUUGGUAGCAGAUUAAUGCAUAGUAGGUGAGUGCUUCAGGCUGUAGAUUUGGCUCGCUUCCUGAGUACCUCAUGUCUCAUGUGGUUAAAGCUAUGCGAGUAAUUAUGAAGGCUUGAUCACCAGGAAACAUCCAUGUCAAUUAUGUGUUUGCUGAAUUUCCUUAAGCAUAUGGGAUUCAG